GCGUCCAGGGAGCUGCGCCGUCCGCUUGUCCGUCUGCCGCAGGCACUGCCGAAGCCAGCCGAGCCGCCGGAGCCGCGGGCCGCGGGGCCGUCGCGGGCCCAACCCCAGGAUGCUCCCCUUCGCCUCCUGCCUCCCCGGGUCUCUACUGCUCUGGGCGCUGCUGCUGUUGCUCUUGGGGGCAGCGUCUCCCCAGGAUUCCGAGGAGCCCGACAGCUACACGGAAUGCACAGAUGGCUAUGAGUGGGACCCUGACAGCCAGCACUGCAGGGAUGUAAAUGAGUGCCUGACCAUUCCUGAGGCCUGCAAGGGGGAAAUGAAAUGUAUCAACCAUUACGGGGGCUACCUGUGCCUGCCCCGCUCGGCUGCUGUCAUCAAUGAUCUUCACGGAGAGGGACCCCCACCACCUGUGCCCCCUGCUGAACAUCCCCACCCCUGCCUCCCGGGCUAUGAGCCCGAUGAGCAAGAGCGCUGCGUGGACGUGGACGAGUGUGCCCAGGCCCUGCACGACUGCCGCCCCAGCCAGGAGUGCCAUAACCUGCCUGGCUCCUACCAGUGUACCUGUCCCGAUGGCUAUCGCAAGAUUGGGCCCGAGUGUGUGGAUAUAGACGAGUGUCGGUACCGCUACUGCCAGCACCGCUGCGUGAACCUGCCUGGCUCCUUUCGCUGCCAGUGUGAGCCGGGCUUCCAGCUGGGGCCCAACAACCGCUCCUGUGUGGAUGUGAACGAAUGUGACAUGGGGGCUCCGUGUGAGCAGCGCUGCUUCAACUCCUAUGGGACCUUCCUAUGUCGCUGCCACCAGGGCUAUGAGCUGCACCGGGACGGCUUUUCCUGCAGUGAUAUCGAUGAGUGCAGCUACUCCAGUUACCUCUGCCAGUACCGCUGUGUCAACGAGCCAGGCCGCUUCUCCUGCCACUGUCCACAGGGCUAUCAGCUGCUGGCCACACGCCUGUGCCAAGACAUUGACGAGUGUGAGUCGGGUGCGCACCAGUGCUCUGAGGCCCAGACUUGUGUCAACUUCCACGGGGGCUACCGCUGUGUGGACACCAACCGCUGUGUGGAGCCUUACGUCCAGGUGUCCGACAAUCGCUGUCUCUGUCCGGCCUCCAACCCCCUGUGCCGGGAGCAGCCCUCAUCCAUCGUGCACCGCUAUAUGAGCAUCACCUCGGAGCGGAGCGUACCGGCGGACGUGUUCCAAAUCCAAGCAACCUCCGUCUACCCUGGUGCCUACAAUGCCUUUCAGAUCCGUGCUGGAAACUCGCAGGGAGACUUCUACAUUAGGCAAAUCAACAAUGUCAGCGCCAUGCUGGUCCUUGCGCGGCCUGUGACGGGCCCCCGGGAGUACGUGCUGGACCUGGAGAUGGUCACCAUGAACUCCCUCAUGAGCUACCGGGCCAGCUCUGUACUGAGACUCACCGUCUUCGUGGGGGCCUACACCUUCUGAGGGGCUGAAGGGCCCCAUUGACAGGAGCUGGGAGCUGCACCCCCAAGGCUGGGACUGGCCUACAUACCAUGGGCACCAGAAUCACCCAAGCAGCGAGGAGGUAACGAGGCUGCAGACUCCAGGCCCCAGCCCAGAAACUUGGACUUGGCUGGUCUGCAGCGGGCCUGAAGAAUCCUGCUCUAGACAGUGCCAGGAGGCCCUGGGUUUCAAUCCCAGCUUGGCCUCAAACUAUCAGUUUGGAGAAAUCCUAGCAGCUCUCUGAGUCUCAGUGUUCCAAUCCAUAAAAUGAGGCCACUGGAUU